CAAAGAGUACCCUGCAAAGUGCUUCUCCAUCAACAACCAUGUUUACUUCAUCCAUGCAGACGUCAGCUGAAUCAACAACAAGUGAAUCUAUGACUCCCACAACAUCUACCACACCUGCCAGUUCAAUACCAGCAUCAACUACCCAUAAUACUGAAACUACCAAGAGUACCCUGCAAAGUGCUUCUCCAUCAACAACCAUAAAUACUUCAUCCAUGCAGACGUCAGCUGAAUCAACAACAAGUGAAUCCAUGACACCCACAACAUCUACCACACCAACCAGUUCAAUACCAUCAUCAACUACCCAGACUAUUGAAACUACAAAAACAACUCUGCAAAGUGCUCCGGUAUCCGUACCCAUACUUACCUCAUCAACGCAGACAUCGGCUGAAUCAACAACUAGUGAAUCCUUGAAACCAACAACUUCCUUCACAGCUACCAGUUCAAUACCAGUAUCAACCACCCAUACUAAUGAAACCCUGAAAACAACCCUGCAAAGUGCUUCCCCAUCAACAACCAUAUUGACUUCAUCAAUGCAGACAUCAGCUGAAUCCACAACAAGUGAAUCCAUGACGCCCACAACAUCUACCACACCUACCAGUUCAAUACCAGCAUCAACUACCCAGACUAUUGAAACUACAAAAACAACCCUGCAAAGUGUUUCUCCAUCAACAACCAUAAAUACUUCAUCCAUGCAGACGUCAGCUGAAUCCACAACAAGUGAAUCUAUGACGCCCACAACAUCUACCACACCUACCAGUUCAAUACCAGCAUCAACUACCCAGACUAAUGAAACCACAAAAACAACCCUGCACAGUUCUUCUGGAUCAACAACCAUAUUUACUUCAACCAAGCAGACGACAGCUAAAUCGACAACAAUUGAAUCCUUGGCAACUUCAACAUCUUCCAAACCUACCAGUUCAACACCAGCAUCAACCAUGCAGACUACUGAAACUACAAAAACAACCCUGCAAAGUGCUUUAACCUCUACAACCUUUUCUUCAACCACUGUAAUUGAAUCUACAACUCCUCAUUGUAGAGAUGAGGACUGUCAGUGUGCCAUGGGUGUCUGUAAAUACAAUUCAACACUUGGACGCUGUCAUUGCCAAUGUCUAGAUACUGUCUACGGUGAUAUCUGCUCUUUCGGAAUCAAUGACACCUCCGCUCAUAUUGAUACCGCGGCAAUACCAACACGAAAAACAAAUUUUACCUUGUCAAUCCAGAUGGAUUUUCAGCUUGCUUUUAAGGACUUAAACUCAUCUCAAUCACAAGAAUUCAUCAACACAUUAGUCCUGCAGCUUCAACCCCUAUGCAAAGAAGCGGACCCACAAAGCUUUGAAAAAGUACAAAUCAUCAAGUUAUCAAACGGAAGCGUUGUUGCAGCGAGUCUGGCAGAAUACAGCUAUAUAAAUAAUGAAACACAAAUCCAGUUUGUCAACACUGAGCUUGAGCGGGUGUUGACUGAUAUCUUGAACAACACAAGUAACCUCAAUAAGAUUUCUCAGGCCUUUGAUAACAGAAGUGUGAAUUUAAAGGAAAUCACCUUCCUAUCACCUGAAGUUAACAAUAUUACAGACCUGAAGCCUUAUGUUGACUGCACUCAAUUUGCUAAUUACACUGCUGUGAUAAGUAAUGGUCAAUGGCAGUGUGCUGGACAUUGUAAAACUGAUCCUAAUUACUGCAAUCAUCACGGACAGUGCCUCAAUGAAAUUCAAAAAGGGCCUAUAUGUCGGUGCUAUGAGUCAAGCCUGCAGCAGUUUUAUGGUCCACAGUGUGAAUUCUUCCGCCGGGGUCCAGCUUUCUAUGGAGCCCUGUUUGGAUCAUUGGCAGCAGUAUUCCUGCUCUUGAUUGGCAUUAUCAUUGCUGUGUAUGCCAAAAAGAAAUAUACAGGAAUUUGGAAAAGGAGCUGCUCCUUUAACAGAAGACUGUCUAUUUUAGAGGAUGAGUUCUUUGACUUCACUAAUUCAGCAUACCAUAACUUGGGAAUGAAAGACCCUUACUUAUCAGAGACCUAUAGACCACAUAUAGGAAAUGUUGACACUCAAGUGCAGGUCACAACAGACGAUCCACAGGUGUGGGACAUCAACCCCUGAUGAAGGCUUUAGUCUGGACAAUUAUAGUUUUAUUAGAAUAUUUGCUAGAGUUGUCAAGUGUAUAUAACACAUGAAGUGACUUAUUAGUAUUUAUGAUGAUUUUAUUUAAGCUUUAUCAAUUUUAAUCGACUGUAGCGUCUUGUGUCCUAUAAAAC